UGUGAUGCAAACUAAGAACUGGAUUGACACAUCUCGAUGUUUGCAUGAAAGGAGACUUUUAAAGGAGGACAGAUGAGCACAAAGUGAGAGGCGGGAUGACGGCGUGGCAGCUUCUUCGUGCAAACAGAAGCAGAACCCGGGCCGGUCCGGGUUACCGUGCUCAUCAUCCUGGACCUGCAGCGUCGGUGCUCUACAGCCCGCUGCUCGCUGCUGAAGACGAGACUCCGGACGGCAGCAGAAGCUUCUGUCUGUCCGGACAGAAAGCGUCUCUGCAGCAGCUCAACGGGAGGCUGGCCUCGUACCUGCAGCAGGUUCAGCGUCUGGAGACGGCCAAUCAGAGGCUGGAGCGUCAGAUCCAGGAGCAGCUGGACAGGAAGUGUCCCAGAGCGCUGAGACGGCGGGACGGAUACCUGAGUACAGUGUCCCUGCUGCAGGACCAGAUCGGUGAAAGUCUCUUGGCCCAGGCUCAGGUGAAGCUGCAGCUACUCAGUGCAGAGCUCACCAUCUUCGACUUAAAUGCCAGGUGUGAAAAGGAGCGUGAGCGUGGUGUAGGUGUAGAGGAGGACCUUAACAACAUGAGGCUGCUGGAGGAGGUGCUGAAGGUCCACACGCUGCCGGAGCUCCAGACUCUGCUGAGCGAUAAAACACAACAACUGAUGGAGGUCCACAUACAACGCCAACAGGACACGCAGGUUCUCCUGGCUCAGGGCUCAGGGGGCGUCGCUGUGGAGAUGCAGAGUACUGGGUCAUCACACCUGAUCCAGCAGCUGGAUGACCUGAGACAGACGAGUGUGAUGCUGCAUGACAAUAACCAGAAUGAGUUCUGGUUCAACACCCAGGCGUCCAUGCUGAGUUCUCCGGAGGUGACGCUUGACCCUCCAGCAGGAUCGGAGGUCGUCCGGGCCGAGCUGGAGGACCUGAGGAGAACAGUAGCGACUCUGGAGGAAGAGCUGACACACCUGCAGGCUCUGAACAUGGAGUUAGAGGCCUCUGGUCCAGAGCAGACCGAGUCCUUCGUGCAGCAGCUGGUGGAUCUUCAGCAGAGAGCAGACGGUCUGUGCAGAGACCUGGACUCAGUGCUCCAGGCUGCAGCUCAGCAGGCUGCAGACCAUCAGGUCCUGCUGGACAUCAAGAGCAGACUAGAAACCGAGAUACAGGACUACAAGAGGCUGCUGGAUGGACCGAGCCGACAGGGGUUCUCAAGUCUUUACUCAACUUCUAACGUCAGAUCUUUCUGCGGGCCGAGUAGUCCCUCGGCCUUCGGGAGAAACAUCACAGUGAACAAAACAGUCAGUUUUCAGGGAGGAAAUAUCAGGAUAAUGAGGGUUCAGAAUGUCCACAUAAAACACCCCAAAAGCUUACUAGCAAGAUCGAUUAAUACUUCAAAUCUGACUGGAUCAUUCCACAAGUCUAAAAACCAGAGAACUGGAUCUCUUUCCAUUACGAUCGACAGGCAGAGUAGCCCCGUAAAGGAUAAAACGCACAGUAAAGAUAGUGAUGCUACACAAGGAUUCACCACAUUGGUUCCUGACAAGCAAUCUGCAAGGAGUGCUGCUGUUCAGGCAAAACCAGAAAGUUUUACUUCCAAACAAGUUACCACAGAAGCUGGUUUACAGAAUAAAAAAACAGGGACAAACAGUCAAACAGAAAUCACAAAAAACAUUGUUUGUGCAGAAUCAGAAGUAAAGGAAGGACCAUGUUCCGUAACACACAUAACCGCAAUUGAUCCCAGCAAAGAAAUUGCUGCAGAGUUAAAGAAAGAGACAAAGACUGUAACUCGAGAUAAAAUGAUUUGCAUUGAGGGCUCAUUCCAGAUUAAGAACCAAGAUCCUGCACAGGUUGUGUCUUUGAGUUUGGAGACUUCAGCAGAAGCUGAUGGGGAUGCAGGGGAAGUUGGUGUUACAGCAUCUGUUGUCUCUGGACCUCCUGUUAGAUCUGAGGACUCUCAGGGUAAGGUCUCUGGUGAGUUGACCCUGAUCGAUGACAAGGACAUUGAAAGGGAAUUAAAGAAGGGAGAAGAAGAAGUAGAAAGUACAUUGUCCAAUGGAUCCACUGGCAAACAAAACAAAGUCAUGGAGGAUGCAGGUAUGGGGUCCGGUUUUGCAACUGCUUCAUCCGGUAGCCCAGACAGCAAGGACAACCAUGAAAGUAAAACUGCAAGUACAGAGAUUUUAAACAAAGUGGAAUUAGAAAUGAACAAAGGGAAGGUUAUCAUUGGUUUCCAUGAUGCUCACAAGGUGAAGGUGGACCCUAAUGAACUGGACAAUGAGAUUAUUGAUCUAGCAGGUCAAGAAGAAUUGUUGAGUACCACAAAGUCAAAAAAGUCUGUAAGUCUAACAAAUUCUGGUGUGGCUUUGAGUUCUUCCGACCAUGAAGAGAUUCUGAGUCCAAUUGAAGCUCCCGUAUUCUUGAGCCCAACAAAUCCAUUCACAUGCUUGAAUCCAGAAACAUGUUUGAGCCCAGUUGAGACUGAGGUGUUAAUGAGCAUGAAAAAUCAAGGAUUUUGCCCUGUUGAUCCAGAGGAGCAUGUUCAAAGUCCUGAUUCUCUUCUGAGUCCACAUGACCCAGAAAUGUUUCUCAGCCCAAAUGACUCCGACACAUGUUUGAGUCCAGUUGGGGCGAAGGGGUGUCUGAGACCAAAUGGUGAAGAAGAAGAUGAAGACGUAUGCCUGAAUCUAACUGAGGCGAGAACACUCGUGAGACCGGUCGAGAAAUACAUUCUCUCUACAAAAGAGGAAGACCAGUCCCUCUCAUUUAGCAGAGAUCAAGCUUUGCCCGAAGAGGAGAAUGGUACAAUCAUUGAUUCUAGACCAACCAGUCAAGGGGUUGGCCUCCAGCCGAGCAGCAGUCUUGGAGGCUUUGAGUUCGGAGGUCCAGGCAGUCGUAGUAUCAUUGCAGACAAAGAAGAAGAGCUUGGUUUUGGAGACCUGUAUCGGAAAGGUGCCAGAGAUGAGAAAAGGCUCAGAGACAGGUACAAAGACACAAGUGGUAUCGCAGAUAACAAGGAUGUCCAGCAUCUAAGUCGCAGUCCAGGAGGCAGGUAUGGCUCAGAAGACCAGAAAGAGACUUCUAUUAUGGACAGCGAGGUGAGGGGACAGAAAAACAGUGAUCAAGUGUUUGUUAAGUCAGCUAGCUUUGGAAGUGUCCCCGCCAAUGGAGGAACUACCUUUGGUAGUCAGUCAGGAGGUAGUGGUAUGGUUAGUGAUCUGGCAGCUAGUUGUGGUGGCACAGCUGCUAAUUCAUCACGUGCAAUCAACGGCAAUACAGAGGCUGAGGUACGGGGAAGAUUCAGGCACGGCAGUGGAGACUGGAUGGUUUAUGGCGGCAGUCUAGGACGUACAAGGACGACAUCGCCCAGCACAAGGAACGAAGAGGAAAGUCCAUCAGGAGCCAUGCCACCCGGAACAAGUCGUCCAGAAACAGGUAGAUUCGGCAGUGGAGGAAUGGGGGAGUGGAUGAUUUAUGGUGGCAGUCUUGGGCGUAAGAGGAGCCUGGAUGGUGAUAUUUGCUUACCCGGGGAAGGGAAAGAAGAUGGACCAUCAGUGUUCACAAACCCUGCAACAAGCUCAGAAGAAACAGGGAGAUUCAGCAGUAGAGGGGGUGGAGAGUGGAUGGUUUAUGGAGGCAGUCUUGGACAUAAGAGCAGCUUGCCCAGAACAGGGAGUAAAGAACGUCCGGUAGCAGUCAUGCUGCCUGCAACAAACCCGCCAGACACAAGGAGGUUUGGUAGUGGAGGAAGUGGAGAGCGGAUGGUUCACAGUCUUAAACGCAGUGAUAGCUUACCCAUCGCAGGGAGCAGAGAAAGCCAGUCAGCGGCCAUGCACCUGCCAACAAGCCCUCCAGAAACAGGGAGAUUUGGUAGCAGAGGGAGUGGAGAGUGGACAGUCUACGGUGGGAGCACCAGACGUGUGAGCAUCGUGGCCGGUAGCAAUAGCGAAGAAAGCUCGUCAGUUGCCAGGCAACUACCAACAAGCCCACCAGGAGCACCAAGAGCACGGAGGUUUGACAGUGGAGAUAGUGGAGAGUGGAGAGUUUAUGGUGGAACCAGUGCCAGUAAUGCAGAUGGGGUCAGCAUCAGCGCCAAUUAUGGCCAAGUCGUCAGCCCGCCAAGUAGCUACACAGGUAGUAGACCAAGACUUGGUAGCGCCGGUAGUGGUGGUAGUGUUGUUAGGCGCAGCAGCAGCGUAGGUAGUGGCGGAAGGUUAAGAAGCUCGGGUAGUGGCAGCAAGCUCAGCAGCUCACCUGGAGGCCACAUGACUAGCAGCUCUGAGAGAUUUAGUAGCACCGGCAGUGGUGAAUCAAAGCCCGUUUACAGCUCGGCUAGCGGACGUAGGAGCACCGUGGGGGGCGCAGGAGGGCGAUCAGGUGCAGUUAGGUCAACCAGCAACCAAAGAGCCCCGAGUCCUGGGGGGUGGCUGAGCAGUUCGCAGAUUGGCGGUAGUCGCGUCAGCAGUGCCGGAAGCGGGUCUAAACUCAACAGCGCCGGGUCAGGGAGGACCAACAGCACGGGGGGGAGGGUCAUUAGCAGCAGCGACCGGCCAAUCAGGAGCACCGGCAGCGGAGCCGGAGGCAACAAGGAGAGAAUCAGCGUUUGCAAGAUGGCGGCGCUGUCGAUCUCUGCAGCGGGGAGGGAGAGGAGUCAAGACCGAUGGGGACAAGCUCAGUGGUCCAAACAACAACAACAACAAGCUGCAGCUACCUCUCCUCUCAUCCAGCGAUGGCUGGUUGGGUCCACGAGUGCCGAACCUGAUGGUCUCGAUGACAUCAUGCGUCUCUGAUUGGACAACUGGGGAGGAACGGAGUGACAUCACGCUUAAAGGGACAGCUCACUCCAUAUCAGAAUAUAUAUGUUUCCUCUUUUACCUGCAGUGAUAUUAAUCAAUGAGUUGCCGUCGAGAUGUUUAAUAUGAUGCGACUAAAGCACCAAAUAAUACAUUUAUUGUAAAUCUUGAUCUGUAAAGUAACUGAAAGUAACAAAUAUUCCAGUAAAGUACUUAAAUACUUAAAUAAAGUUCUUAAUAAACAUCCUUGGUUACUCUCCUCCACCACAUACAAGAUGACCAACAUUCACUUUAUUUACUGACGUUUGUUUGAGAUUUAAACCCCAGACUCUGUGUAGUGUAAAGCUUUAUUUUGAAGGGGCUUUACGACUAUUCUCUGAGCUGAUGUGUACAUUUUAAAUCAUGUGUUGUUACCGUUUAAGUUUCACUGGGUUUAAAUGUGCUUCAUAACAAUAACUGGGCUCAAGGGACACUGAUGCUCAGAAACACGCCAAAGAUAUUUAAAAUAAAGGUUUAAACUUUAAAUGUACUUUCCUCUGUGACGUCUCUGUCUCUCAUCAUAUUAUCUGUGUUUGUAUCCUCCAGAUCUAAC